ACAAGCAGAGACGGGUCCAUUUGAUAGGUCGACGUCACCGAAUUCUCUCGGAAGCUAUUGCAGCUUCCAAAGUCAACUUCCAAAGUCAACUUCCCAACUCAAGUCAAAGCCCCGAACCGGUAAAUUUAGCUACAAGACCAGUUUCAGACUUCGCUUUCCUCUACUUCAAUCUUACAUUUAUUAGUAAAGUCACACAUCACACCCGAGCCCGUACUCACAAUGUUCCGCUUUCACAAACCCCUUGACAUUAUUACCCUCUUCCACAAGGCAAGCUCACCAGCUUCCGUGAGGGCAGCAACUUUCCUAAAGCAGAUUUCAGCCACCAUCAGUGAAACAGCAACCGAAGAUCAAGCUAGUGAUCAUUCUCACCAGACGCAUCCCAAGCUCUCGCGUGACGAGUUCGAAUUGAACAUAACUGAGGACCCUCCCACUACCGACCAACUUAAGACUAUUCUAGAGUAUGUCGGUAAGAACAGGAUCAGCUGUAUCGUGCAAGGCGCAUCGACCGAGAAUGAAGCUCUGAAGAAGUUCAAGGAGAAUCAGGAAAACUUCAAACGGCCUGUGAUUGUCGACUGGAACAAUGGCAAGGCAGUUGCUAGUGACCAAGAGUCUGAGAUACUCAAGCUAUUAGAGCAAAAGAACGGCAACUAGUCAUCCCCGGGGGCAUCAUACCCAAAAUAUGUGCCUUUAUUCAACUCCUACUAGUUAGGGUUAGCCUUGGCUAAGCUCUAUGGACCAUUUGCUAGCUUGAUUAAUAUCCGGACCUGUUUCUAAUCCAUUCUAGUGUUUUUAUUAGCUAGUUAGUAAAGGGACACCUGAUUCAGAUUGUCAUGGACAAACUCUACUCCUAUGAUUCAUAUCUCUACCUUCUUCCAUUGUGGCAUAUGUCUGGAUCUGUAGGUUAGAAUCUUAUGACUUAAACAAUCAUUUAUACACCCACAUGUCCCUUGUUCAGUUCUCAUGUUUUAGGGGGAAAAUUAAAUAGGGGAAGGGCUACAUCCUACGACUACCCCUACUUGUCAAACCACUUGCUUCGUAAUGAGAACUAUAAGUAAUGCAUGCUUGAUUCCAAUACAAACGAAAGAGGGC